AUGAAGACCGCCCACGUGACCCCCGAGCGGGCUCGGCACCUCGAGCGCAACCGCAUUGCCGCCAACAAGUGUCGCGAGCGCAAGAAGCGGGAACACAAGCUCAUCGAACGCCGUCUCAGCGACGAGACCGAAAAGAAAGAGAUCCUCCUGGCCCAAUUAAAUUGCCUCCGUGAAGAAGUCUGGGGCCUCAAGAAUAUCAUCUUCCAGCACGCCGAGUGCGAAGACCACCAGAUCAACAGCCAACUGGCCCGCAUGACCCAGUCCGUCCUCAAGAACGUCGAGAUCAGCCCGGAGGCUUCUCAGCCUGAACUCAGCAACGAGGCCAGCACAUCACCCACCUCCCAAACGUGGUCCGAGGAGGAUCACGCCCUGAAGCUCGAGCCCACGUAUGACGAGUGGCCGGUUCCCGAGUUAUACACGGAAUGGAACCCUUUAGGUCUCGGUGUUUCGGGCCUGGUCUGCUCAGCAAAGGACCGCAUUGGCCAGCGAACCGUCGCCGUGAAGAAACUCGCCAAUCCAUUUCAGACCGAAGCCGUCGCCAGGCACAUGUUUCGCGAGAUCAAGCUACUGCGACAAUUACGCCAUGAGAAUAUCAUCAACCUGACCGAUAUAUUCAUCUCGCCUUCCGAAGACAUAUACCUCGUGACCGAAUUAAUGGCUACCGAUCUCAAUACCAUCCUGAAAGCGAAAAAGGUCGAAGAUCAGUUCGCGCAAUACUUCAUGUACCAGAUUAUGCGAGGCUUGAAAUAUCUCCAUUCCGCCGGGGUCGUCCACCGAGACCUGAAGCCAAGCAACAUCCUCGUGAACGAGAACUGCGAUCUGAAAAUAUGCGAUUUCGGCCUGGCCCGCAUCCAAGACCUCCAUAUGACCGGCUAUGUCUCCACGAGAUACUAUCGAGCUCCGGAAAUUAUGCUCACAUGGCGCAAAUAUAAUGAGAAGGUGGAUAUCUGGAGCGCGGGAUGCAUCUUCGCCGAACUGUUGACAGGGGUGCCUCUCUUCCCGGGGAAGAACCACGUCAAUCAAUUCUGUGUCAUCACCGAUAUGCUCGGCAGCCCGCCUCCGGAGGUGAUUGCAAACGUGACAAGCGAGAACACAUUGAACUUUAUUAAAUCUCUACCCAAGCGAGAACGCAAGCCUAUGUCUCAGGUCAUUCCGCAAGCGAGUGCGGAAGCAACAACAUUAAUGGACCGGAUGCUCCAAUUUGACCCCAGUAUUCGAGUGUCUGCCACCGCCGCCCUUGAAUCACCCUACCUUGCGCCCUACCACGACCCCACCGAUGAACCGGUGGCCACAGAGCCAUUCGACUGGGCUUUCCUCGAAGCCAACAUGCCUGCGGAUAUUUGGAAGACCAUCAUGUAUGGCGAGGUGCUUGGCUUCCACGAACAGAUGAACGGCGCCCAGGCGGCGUCGAUGAAAUAG